UGCAAUCUGAUUGGCUAAAUUUUCAUUCCCACAUUUAGUUUUUUAUUUCACGUGGAAAAUAUGAUAGCAGAGGAAAAUUUAUUAUCUGGAACUAAAAUGAUUGCAGGCAUAAAUAAUGAUGCGCUCUAAAUUUCCUUCAAUUUUCAGCCUAAAGUGGAAAUUGCGAAAAAAUUGACAGGAGAUUAUUGAAAGAAAAUCCUUAUCCGAGCUGAUAUAAUAACAUGCCCCUCUAAAAUUACCCAAAAUCGGUUAUUUUCCAUCGUGUACAAGUUCAUAAAGCCAUAUAACGGACGAAAAGUAACCUUUUAUUAACUAACAGCUUACCAUAUAUUACCAUCAUUAUUACCAUAUUAAAACUUCACUAUUUUAUUACCAUUUCAUUAACUCGGCGUGAAAAACGUAAUUUUUUAUUUCGUGUUCAUUGUCUGUAUAGCUCUUAAAACAACUCCGUCAGUUUCUCCGUAAAAAGUAGGGCGAAAGUUGUCAAUCCUAUUAUUCAGUAUAACUUGUCGCCUUGGUGCAAAUUUCAUAUUUCGCCACCAUUUAGCUAAAUAAUCUUGUACCCCCAUUGAAUAAACAAUACCCUGUCAUUUUAGUAGCCCUGGGCACCGAACACAAGAAACCCUUUGGGUGAAAACCUUCAAAGUUACGCGCGAAAGGUGAAAUUCUGCUUAAUUUUGCAAUCAAAAACUCAGCACUUUCGCAGCAGAAAACACUCCAAAGUCGCUUUGAAAUACAGCUUUUAUACCUUCACAACUAAGUUAAUAACAGUUAUAACAGCUUAUAAGUGUUCGAAAGGUAACUGAUAGUUGUUCGGACCAAUCAUGUUUUAAAUUUUCUCCCAAGAAGCGCCUUUAUAUUUCACACUUUGCGUCAAUUUGGGUUAAAUUUAUCCAAUUUAUUACAAUCCAACUUGACUUGUGUUUCUAAUUUUGAGUUAAUUAUCGAAGAGGGGUUUUGAACCGUAAAAAUCUGUCACCAAUUAGUAAAUUUUAUUCGCUAGAUUUAUCGACCCAAUUUUGACCAGAUUUCUUUGAGUUUAUUUCGUUCAAAUGGUCAAAGAAAAAGUUAGUUUCCUUUGCGGAAACAUAAAGAAGAACAUUUUGCGUCGCGGUGGCACUACUGAAAACUCGGCCCCGAGUUCACCAGCUAUCACUCGCAGUUUUCCAAGUAAUUCUUCAUUCGACAAAAACUCACGAGGACAACUUAACUCAUCCGAGUCGCGAGAGGAAAUUUUAUGUAUUUUUGACAAGUCGUUGAAUUUCCAACAUGACUCCGACGAGAUUUCAACUUCGUUUGAAAUACCUCCCGAACCCCCUCCGAGGAUUUAUUUCCCGCCAGUGAAGUCGCCGAACUUGACUCGUACCCGCACCAGCCACGAAAGAAUUGAAUCGGGUCAAUUUGUUCACGUACAAAUCGAGACAAACCCGAAUCGAAACGACAAUCGAACGCCGUCCGAGCAUUCUCGCUCGACAGCUUCGGAGAUUUUCAGUCCUCAAGCGCCGAGUAUUUCAAGUCAUUCGUCAAAUUCGUCGACAGAGUCGUUUCAUUGUGAUGGCUGUCAUUGCUCGCAACGCUCGUCACAACAUAUAGCGAUGUGCGGGUCGCAUUUCAAAACCCGAGCCAUGACUUACAGCGGAAAUGACAACUACUCUAAAACGACUUCAAACUCGAGUCACCAGUCGGUUUCGAUUGGAAGUUCCGACUCGCUACACACGAGUAGUUUCGCCGAGCAUAACUAUUCCAUGACACAUCACAAACGAGAGUCGUCGGGAAACGAAGUUAUAAUCCCACCAAGAAUGAAGCCCUCGGCUCUAGCUUCGGGUAAAUCCGAGUUCAAUAACCGAAGAACGUCGGGUGUCGUGAUUCACAGGGUUCAUAAUUCGCAGUCGCCUCAACCUCCCCCGUUUCUGCCUCCAAAAAAUUUUAUGCCCUCCUCGUCUUCGUCAGGUAAGAAAUGUGAAUGUACAAAUUGUAAAAUCGCAUACGGAACUUCAACCAGUAGUAGCAGUUCGAAUCACUCGAUUCAGAACCAAGCAUGUGAAUCUGUUGCCCUCUCACGGUCAAAAGAGGAAAAUUCAAUGACACUCAUGGAGCCAUGCGCGCCUAAAAAGUCGUCAAGGCUGUGUGAGCGGAAAAUUCAGAAAGAUUGUCCCGAAUAUGAAAACCAUUUGGAAAAUUCCAACGUUAGCGAGUCGAGUUGGCCCGAAAUAGGCGAAGUUGUUCCGACCGUUUCGGCUUUCUACCAGAGCAAAAAAUGCAAACGACGAAGUUCGUUUUCGAAGUCAUUUGACAAAGUUGAAAUGAGUUUGAAAGUCCACGACGAUUUCCGACCCAUUGAUGUUGAGCUGCACCCGAAACCAAUUGCAUUUGAUCCGACCUAUACGGCAAACACUCAUCCGGAUAUUUUGCUGAUGAAGAAAACACGACGAAAUUUACUUCUGACAAAC